AUGUCUGUCCUCCAGACCGAGGACCUGGUCUCGUACCAGUUACGAAGCAGUUACCUAGAUGAUAUUGCCGACGGCGUAGGCGAACGUCUCCUCACACUGAACGACGGAUUCCUCAAUUCCGCCGCAUACAAGGCCGCCGGAUGGCGAACAAACCAUGCCCUUUCGAAGCGAACCCAUUCCCCUCCUAUACCUACCGCAAUCGCGUCCGAGUAUUUCCAGGCGCCGCGCUUCGCCCGCCACACCCUCGAAGACGAAGCCGACGAUGCUGGGAUGCUUACCGUUGGCGGGGACAGCACUCUUGGGCCCGGGAUGGCGAUCAAGCGAAGACGGCGGCGGGAGCAGAUGGAAGAAGAUGAUAGCAGCGACCUCAGCGACGAGAGCGAUGACGAGUCCGAUACGCGGCCUGCACAACAAAUAAAAUUUGCCAAGAUGCCGGUCAGGGGGAGGGCGGGUUCAUCCCCGCUACAAUCUUCGAAUCUAAGGCAGAUGACGACCGCGUCGUCGCCGCAUGCUACCGGCCAUGGACUUAGACGGGGAUCGCAGUCGGCUCUCGAUACGGUUAAGGAGCGGGUGAGGCGAGAUACUGUUACCAGCAGCGAAAUAUCUUCUGAAAAUGAAUUUGAUGCGUCUGGAUUCCACCGGCAGCGCGAGCAGGCCCGCUUGGCUGCCCGUAUGGCUGCUGCUAAAGCUAGUCGGUCUCGGGCCAAGUCCAACGAUGACAUCGUUCCGGGGCUUCCACGUCACGACAGCUUACCGUUACCUGAAGAGGAAGAAGAGGAAUCCGACGCCUCUGAUAUAUCAGAUGCCGCUUUUGCGGAGAGUAUCGACUCCGCCUCCAUCCUAGACGCCGUCGACAACCCCAUUCACGGCUCUCCUACAAUCCAGGUCGUUGGGACACCCCCUCGAGCAUUUACAAGACAAUCAACCAUACGGAGGUCGCACGCUCCACAGCCCAGAGUGCUCGAGGCACUCCCUCCGCCUCGGCCAAUGAGUACAAUUCGGCCGAUAAGCAUGGUGCAACCGGUCAGCAUGCUAUCAGAGCUACUGGGGUCGAAGAAGUCUAAGUCAAAACCUACGAUGCCUUUCCAAACUUUCGCAUCCCUCUCUGGAGAAGGCGAUAAUAGGAGGCCCAUGCUUCUUCGGAUAUACGUCCCUUUCUCUGAGGAUCCCGACGAGCCCUUCGAGGUGCUCAUUCGUCGUGACGUCAGUGAUGAUGCGGGUGGUAACUUCCGCGUCGUCACCGUGGGCGAUGCCAUCGGCCUCAGUCUUUUACGGUAUAUUCAAGAGAAGAGGCAACCGCCCCUACCGACGGAGAAACUCAACGUCAAUUGGUAUAGCUUACGAAUUGUCGAGGAAGGCGGCGAGAUCGAUGACGAUUUCCCGCCACUAGAGAGGAAGAAGCCGCUUGCGUCGUUCACCACCGUUAACAACCGCGCCGCGGCAUCAAAUUUCCAACAAGGCGCGGCAACUAGAGGUGGCGGCAGAAACAGGGCAAAUUCCAACAAGGCCCAUGAUGAGUUUGCCUUGGUUCAGGCGUCGGCAUCGGAAUACGAGGAAAAUAAGAAGAUCACGCCGGAAUAUGAACCCGAUGAAGAAGAAAUAGAUGGAGACGGUGGUGGCGAUGACGACAAAGAUGCUACGCCGAAGAACACCACACCCCAACCCGACCUGGCCGCCUCCCGCGCUCCAUACCAACCCAGGCAGAACCCUGUUCUAACGACUGCGUACCGGCCUGGGGCACUUCUGGACCAACCCCAGGUGGUUACGUCGGUGCCACACGCGAGGGGACAGCAGAAAUUGUUACGGGUCAAUAUACUAUCGUCAGAUACGGCCCCGGGCCAGUUGGUUACAUUGGACGUGACUACCGAUACCUAUUUAGCCGAAGUACUAGAUCUCGUAUGCAAGAAGCGGCAACUGGACAAGGUCAACCACGUUCUCAAGAUCCCGAACUCAGGGGCGGUGGUCAUGGUGGAUCGGCCUGUGGCGUCCCUUGGAGCGGUGUCAGAACUAGAACUACACCGCCGGCGUUUCGCCACGGACGGCCCCCUCACAGUAACGGGAUCGCCUAGCAGCGCGUCGCCGAAGCUUCCAUUCACGGAGGGCGGCCAGCAGAAACGAUGGAAGAAGGACAAGUUCAUGGGGGUGCACCCGCUAGCGCGGGAGGCGCUGAAGCAGGACGAGCUAAACAACGCCAACUACAAGAAGUAUACGGUUUGGCGGAAGCAGCCCAUGCGGAUCGUGGGGAUGAGCGAGAGGAUUUUCAUCAUCGACGGCGAAUACAUCCACAUCAUGGCGGCUUCAGGGGCCAAGGGUGUCGAUGGGGGCAGGAAGGCCACGACGGUGCAUUUUAGCAAUGUCGUGGGUUGCAAGGUUAUGAGGAAGCAUCCGACUACAUUCAAGUUAGUCGUGUACAAAGCUACCGAGAGCAAAAGAUAUGACUUCGAGGCCAAGACGGCGGACGAGGCCAAUGAGAUCGUCAAGGAGUUGAAGAAAGGGAUCUCGCCGUAUCGAGACGUUUAA